UAAGAUAAGUGUUAAAAAGUACUCGGAAGAGAUUUAAACUUCCUGUAUGAUUUCUGUUGUCAUGACUUUCAUUACUCUCGCUAUUUUAUUAAUUGUCGGUUUAAAAACCGCGUCUUGCGAUGGAGAAUGUGAACUCAAAACUACUUGUCACGAUUGCAUACAAGAAUUGGGGUGUUCUUGGUGUUCCGAUCCUAAGGGAAAUUUUUCUCAUUGCAAUUCUGAUAGACUUUCCUCUUCCUUUUGUAACACUCAACUAGUUAAGGUAAUAGCUUCAAAAACCAUCGAUAAAAAUUUACCUUUAUCCUCAACAAAAGGUCGAGUUGUUCAACUUAGGCCUCAAAUGUUCACGAUAAAUGUAGCCAAAAAUCAAGAGUACCAUUUAGAUUUUGAGUAUCAACAAGCUGAAAAUUAUCCUGUUGAUUUGUAUUAUUUGAUGGAUUUAUCCUAUUCGAUGUUGCCCCACAAAACUACUUUGGGACGACUGGGACAAUCAAUUAGUUUUACCAUGAGAAGUUUGACCAACAAUUUUAGAUUAGGAUUUGGCAGUUUUGUAGAUAAGCCAACAGUUCCUUACGUGAACCUUGCUAAGACAUAUAACUUCAGAAGUGAGAGAGUAAAGCCGUACAGUUUCAAAAACCAUUUGUCACUCAACGAAAACUAUCAAGAGUUCAACAAAAAAGUUCAAAGUGCCAUAAUAUCAGAAAACGUGGACACUCCGGAAGGUGGACUGGACGCUUUAAUGCAAGCCAUCGUUUGCAAAAAGGAAAUCGGUUGGAGACCUCAGGCACGUCAUCUUUUAGUCUUUUCGACGGACGCCUCGUUUCACAUCGCAGGUGACGGACGUUUGGGUGGUGUGAUUGAGCCAAACGACGGACAGUGUCACAUGAUCAACGAUGAGUACGUCGCGGCUUUGAAGUACGAUUAUCCUUCCAUCUCGCACAUAAACCACGUGGCCAAAAUCAACAACAUCAAUCUUGUGUUCGCCGUCAGUAACAAGAAGAACAUCAACGCAACGUACCACUAUUUGUCAGAGAAGAUUGAAAAUUCGAACGUUGGCACCCUAAGUACCACCUCUUCCAACGUCGUACAAUUGAUUAGUGACAACUACAACAAAAUCGUGGACUCGGUGACGAUGACCAGUAACGCUCCGGACCACAUUUCCGUUUCGUUCACCAGCAACUGCCCUUCCAAAAUACCAAACGGUUGCACGGACGUGAAGUUGGGCAAAAUCAUACGUUUCAGGGCUACUAUCAAGGCGGAAAAAUGUGUUAACAACGAGACCAUCAUUAUCAAACCGGCCGGUUUGGACGAGCAGAUAACGGUUAAACUGAACGUCAUAUGCAAAUGCGAUUGUGAAUCCCCCAAACAUCAUUCGUUUGAAGCGUCGUCUCCCUCUUGCAGCCGACAUGGUGACUUCGCUUGCGGCGUCUGCAACUGCAACGGCGGAAGGUACGGUGCGAGAUGCGAGUGCGACGGCGAUUCGGACACGAACGAGGACGUGACUCAGUGUCAGGAGACGGAAAACGGGCCGGUUUGCUCGGACGCCGGCACGUGCAGGUGCAACGAGUGCGUCUGCAACGUAAGGGAGAAUCCCGACGAAAAAAUCUACGGCAAAUACUGCGGAUGUACCAACUACAAUUGUCACAGGUCUCGAGGAAUUUUGUGCGGCGGACACGGCGAAUGUGAUUGUGGCAAAUGUAAAUGCCACGACGGUUGGAUUGGUGAUGCUUGCGAUUGUUUUUUGGGUAACAGCACUUGCAUAGCGCCAGGAAGCGAGGAGGUUUGUUCGGGACAUGGAACCUGCAAUUGCGGCAGUUGUAAAUGCGACCAGGAUGGAAACAGAUAUACGGGGACUUAUUGUCAGGAUUGCACGACCUGUCGUCCCAGGUGUGAGGAAUUGAGUCCUUGUGUGGAAUGUCAGGCGUACAAAACCGGAUCCUUGAACGCGACCUGCGAGACGUGCACCAACAGUUUGGAACUGGUCGAUAAGUUCGACGAAGAAUUCAACCCUGAAGUGAAAGAUUGUCAGGUUCUCUUAAACCACGGUUGCAGGAUGCACUUUCAGUACAGUUACGACCAGAAUCAACUGAUCGUGGUUCGUGCGUUAAAAGAGAAAAUCUGUUCAGUGCCUCCACUUGCUUGGAUUAUUGGUGUGAUGGUUACCGUUAUUAUAGCUGGUAUUGUGAUGUUAUUGAUUUGGAAAAUAUGCACCACCAUACAUGAUAGAAGGGAGUACAGCAAAUUUGAGGAAGAGAAGAAGAAGCUGAAGUGGCAUUCGAAUCAGAAUCCCUUGUAUAAAGGGGCUACCUCUAGUUAUGCCAAUCCAGCGUUUAAGAGACAAAGUGUCAAGACAUAAAUUCUUUGAAUAUUUAAACACUUUGUGAAUUAAAAAUGUUCUCAUUAGGUUUAGAUACAAAAUACUAUUUCUUAUUGAUUUAGGAAUUAAUUUAUUACAUUAAAAUAAAAAAGUUAAAUAUAAUAAUAA